CUUCCUUAAAGAUCACACUUUUCUAGGGCAUGUGGCUUUAUAUGCCAGCAGGUAUACCUCUUCAGUGAUGGGUCUCCAGAAAACUGUUGCUUGGUGCCCUCUGCUUAAUAUUUGCAUAUCAAACAGCUGGUUUUAAAAAAAGCAUUGAGGUGUCCAAUGUUUCCAUGUUAUUGCUGUUAGAGAUUACAUGUGUGCUUUCUGUAGAGCUCCAAGGAAAACAGAAAAGAAAGGUUCAUAAAGAUCAGCACUAUGACUGAUGGGGACUAUGACUAUCUGAUCAAACUCCUAGCCCUGGGGGAUUCUGGGGUUGGGAAGACGACAUUCCUUUACAGAUACACGGACAACAAAUUCAAUCCAAAAUUCAUCACAACAGUAGGAAUAGACUUUCGGGAAAAACGUGUGAUAUACCAUAGCAGAGGACCAAAUGGAUCUCCAGGAAAAGCCUUUAAGGUCCAUCUACAGCUCUGGGACACAGCUGGGCAGGAAAGAUUUCGAAGUCUCACCACAGCAUUUUUCAGAGAUGCCAUGGGCUUUUUAUUAAUGUUCGAUCUCACCAGUCAACAGAGCUUCUUAAAUGUCAGAAACUGGAUGAGUCAACUGCAAGCCAAUGCAUAUUGUGAGAAUCCUGAUAUAGUAUUACUUGGCAACAAGGCUGACUUAUCAGAUCAGAGGGAAGUCAAUGAGAGACAAGCACGAGACCUUGCAGAUAAAUAUGGCAUACCAUACUUUGAAACAAGUGCAGCUACUGGGCAAAAUGUGGAUAAAGCUGUGGAAAUGCUCCUGGACUUGAUAAUGAAGCGCAUGGAACAAUGCGUUGACAAGACACAAGUAUCUGACACAGCCAAUGGAGGAAGCUCGGGGAAGCUAGAUUCAGCAAAGCCAGAGGAGAAAAAGUGUGCCUGCUAGACUUCAUCUCUAAACUGUGAGAACCAAUACGAAUAGUUGAUCUGAAAAUGGCUGAUUUACCACUAAAUUCAAAUCUGGCCGUGCACAGAAACAAAGCUGUCUUGUUUGGGCUUUUGUUCUUCUCUAGAGAACUGAGUUUUCAGAGAGCUUCUGUGCUGGAACUAAUGUUCCUGAUAUGGCACCAUGGAAGAUCUAAAAGAGCCCUCAUCUUUAUCUUAAUACAAUCAGGCUAGAAAAUGUAAGAGAUGUUCCCUCCUUCCUUGGAAGGAGAAAAAACUAUUUUUGGGGCGGGAGGGGAAGGAUAAUUAAAUUGGAUAUUGUGAUAAACUAAAAAUGAGGUACUUUGUUAGGUCUCUGUCUUAAUUGAAUCUUGCUUCUUUAUACUACUUUGUAUUUACAUCAGAGACCAUACAUCUGCUAAAGUGGAGAUAUGAGUAAAGAGAAUGUUAUGUGGUGUAUUACUUGCACAAAGCAAGCAAUGGUGUGACUUACUGAUUAAUAAGCUAGUGUGUGAGGAGAAAGGGGUGGAGGCAACUUUUUUUUUUUUUAAUAAAACCAGGGAAACAUGCAACACUAUUUGUGUUGCUAGUAAAUAAUCAAGCAGGGUUUGGAGGGGGAUAAGGAAAAGAUACUCAAAUUCUACUACUACAUGGCAACACUUGCUGUUUGAGGCCAGCAGAAUGUCUCUUGCAAAUUUCACUAUAAGCAAAAGCACUCUUUGCUAGUCAGAAAAAUUCAGUGUUUGACACCGGAAAACAGGCUGUGUGCAUCAGCUAGGGCGUGCGAGGGGAGUUGUGAAAAUGGUGUCACUGUCUAUAAAAGAGUUGCAAAAAUUGUAUAGCACUUACUGACUCUCUAAGAAGUUAGUCAGUUGUUGACUGGGAACUCACCACCUGCCAUGAUUUUGUGAUGUUGCCAGUAUACUUUGCUUUCAAAUGAGCACAAUUUUCGCAUAUACAAAAUAGACUAGAAAGUGACUCUCCUUGUGAAAUACUUCUGAGUGGGAAUUUGGAAUGCCAACAUAUUAAAUGUGAUCUAACACUAGAUAAAAUGUAUUGUAUUUUGUGUAGAGCCUAUAGAAGCAGGGUGGUAUGGCAGGUAAUUAGAGGACAUCACCAGUUGCAUUAAAAAGUAAAGGAGGAAGGUAAAAUGCGAGUAAUUUUUUUGUAUUUAUUGUCUCAGCGUCUCUGAGUGUGGCUGAGAGAAGGAAUGAGAGUUCUUCUACAACAGCAUGUUGUAGUCUGUUUUUUGUUUUUUGUUUUUUUUUUCCUCUCUUCCUCCCCCCCCCCCCCGACUGGCUUCUUUUUUAAAAGUAAAGAGUAUAACAAGAUAUUUAGGGUUUAUUUCUAUUAAAUAGGUAAGGGCCUAACAACAUGUUCAAAGGACUCCAUGAACUUGUACUUCCAGACUCAUAUAUUUUUAAAAAUCACUCCAGGGAAAAAUGUUUCACAGACAAGCUCUACCAAAGAGCAAAAGUAAAUUGGUUGGGUUGGGGGAGAUGGUGGAAGGGAGGUAGACUUCCUCUUCUUUAAAAUUAAAUCAGAUAUGAGGUUUUCAGUUUUAGUUUUUGAAGUACUGUGAUUUUGAACCAAUUAAGCUUUCCAGAUAGCUAGUCCACAAACUAUCUUAUUUGAUACCUUUUUUUUUUUAAAUAUUGAGGGUUUACCAGCUGCUUUGGUGACUGGGCAGCACACUUCCUGCCCAUCCCUCCCAAUGAUAUUUAUUGAAAGAUUUGGCAUGUAGACAGGGCAGAUGGUCUGACGAUAAGGGUAGCCAUUUUUGUAGAGUGAGUAACCAAAUAGCCACUAUAAACAAAUUGGAGGAAAAAAAAAUCAGUUUGCAGGUGUCUAAAUGAAGACACAUCCUAUGCAGCAAGUUCUGAAAUACCUGCUGCCCUUUUGUAACCCAAAAGCACAUGUUAAGCACGAACUUCAGUGGCUGCAAGAUAGCCACUGUUAUAAUUGGUAGUUCUUGCCUAGGCAAAGUAUAUAAAUAGUUGAAGUAGGCUGUUGAAACUUCAAGCACAGUCCCAAAAAAUAAAUUGAGGGAAAUGGAGUUAGUGGAGUUUCUCUUCCUUUUAAUACUAAACAAUACCAGAGCUUUGUUCCGCUAAGUCCUCCAAAGUCUGUGAUAAGGGUAGGAAUGGUUGUAACCUGGAAUUUCCUGCCUCAUCACUUUUUAAAAUCCUCAACCAUGUAGAAAGUACUUAACUUACAAUAUCUGGUUUUGCCCAUUCAAACAGGGUGAGGAGCCUAGUUCAGAGCUCACUUGUUUACUUUCAGCAUGAAUACAUUUCCUAAAGUGACAUGUUGGUGUUUAGAGUCUAAAGUUGUUAGAGAAUUCUAAUGGCUGUUGCUAGCCUAGCAGAGCAGUGAGAUAGGGAGACUACUGCAUGCAAAGCUGUGAAGAGUUCACGCCCCCUUAGGCUGCUUUGUAAUUGGGGGUGAUUCCGCAUCCAGUUAACAGCUUCCCCAUUUUGGCCAGCACUCUAAAAAAUAUUACUUUGAAUGACAUGAGGGCAAAAGCCACCUGCUCUACAGCAAGACCCUGUAGUCCUCCCCAUUAAACUCCGUUGCCUGACAACUCCCAAGGGAAAGGACUGUCUCAGAACUGGUGUUCCCGCUAAAUGUAACUGUUCUAAGACAUUCCACUGCUUGACGGUUGAAUGUGUAACAAUCACAGCUUGAAGGGUAGGCAGUUGUUAUGGUAUAGUCUCUAUUGCCUUAAUGUAUUAGCUCAUCCAAAAAGCACUCAUAAAUGAAAAAAAUUGAUCACUGUCUUGCUGCCAUUAUAAAUUAUUUUCAGAUAUUUAUGGUUUGGUGGCUACCAACCCAUCCACAUUGUGUGGAGGGAGGGAAAGUAAAUCUAUACCUUACCCCUUACCCUGCAAAACUGCUAGUGUCUAACAUUCAACUUUGGAGGUUUUU